AUGGACUCGAGGCAACCACCACAACACCCUUUUUCGAGGAACGGCGCCUCGCCGUUUGGGCGACCGUCAUUCCAGCAAGGACCCACUGGCGCCGCCGCAUCCCAACCACCCUAUCCGCCGUCGGCAUCACAUCCGCCUGCUGCUAACACCGGUCCCUAUCCCGAGAUGCACGCGCGCAAACCAUCCGAACCUCCGUCCUACUACUCGGCCUCUCGACAGUACCCGCCCGAACACGGCCCGGGCCCGAUGCCUGGUCCGACGCACUCUCGACAUCAUAGCACGUCCUCGAUAACCUCCGGGCCUACCAUGACUCGCGGCAUGCCGCCACCGAAUUCACCGCCCCAACAACAACAGCAACAACAGCAAGGGCAGGGUCCGAACAACCAUCAAAUGAGCGGACCCCCUCCUGGCCCUCCUGGCCCGCCGUACAACCAAACCAUGCACGCAUCCCCUCGGCCACAGCCGACGACAUCGUCCGAGUACAAUGCCUUCCGACGGCCGCAGACCCCCGAGCACCAUCGCAUGUACGAGAACCGCGACCCUAGAGCCGUCUCGGCCGCUUCGCCUCCCGCAUACCAAUCGACCCCGGAGCUACAACGGUACGGCACACCCCAGGCUUAUGCCCACAGGGGCGCCCCGAUGCCCUCGGUCGAACAAACAAGGGAGUCGGGGCGGUUGUCUGGCGGCGCCGGAGGUCCCAGGCCGAUGAGCCCGCCGAGGCAGUACGCAAAUACCGGCCCGCCACGGCAAGCUGAACCAGGCAGGCCGCCCGAGAUGUAUGGCCACAGGGAAGAACUACGGGCUUCGGAAGAAUAUAAUCCGGAGCGUCCCAUUCGGGUGAUGAAAUACGAGGACCAGCGGUACAUGUCGGACCGAGAGCGGCAGGAACGGGAACGGCAAGAGCGAGAGAUGGAACUCCGCGAGAGAGAACUGCGCGAAAGAGAGCGUCGAGAUAUGGCUAUGGCUGGGGUGGAACCGUCCCGAGCCCAGGGAGGCCAUCCUCACGAAUACCCGCGACAAGUGGACCCGAGAUCACAGCAAUACGGCCGGCCCCCGGACCCGAGAGACUGGACAAGGCCCGGCUACGAACCGGCACGAGCCCCCUAUGAUCCUACCAUGCACCCUCCGAGACAACAAGAGUAUCCGCCGAAUGCAGCGCCGCACUACAACGGACCUCCUCACCCCUAUGGUCCCAGUCCAGCUGAUCGUCACCAUCCAGGGCCACAUCAGCACCACCAGCACGGCCUUCCUCCUCCGGGCCCGGCACACCCGCAAACCUACGAGUCGCCGGAUCGGCAACGCAUGGGUGGUAUGCAUAUGGACCGACCUCACCCCCAGCAGCAACCCCCGCCGCGGACCCGAGAGGAGUCUGCGGUCCCCCCUCCUUCCGUUGCCUACGGCGGCGUGGGACCUCCCAUGUAUGAGCCGCCACGGAACCGGAGCCUGGAGGAGAUUGGCGCCCCGCACCAACGAAAUUUACUUGGGAUUCAGGAGAUUAACCGCAAGGGGCGCAUUUCUCCGCUUCCCCAAGCCGUACAGGGAGCCCAGCCGCAGCUCGCCGGCCCUGCUGGCGAACCUGGUAUCAAGAGCGAGUUCGGUCGUAUGUUCUCCGGUAUCGGAACCGGAGUCGGCACCAUCUCAAGUCCUGUACCAGCGGGUGCCCAGCUUGUCUAUGGUGGUACCGCUUCGCAUCGUCGCGAUGAUUUGGAUGUGCCACCGGAGCCGCCGGUGGAAGUGGCCAAGACGGCCGGGCGCGGCAAACGGAGGAAGCUCAAGGAAGAGGACGAAGAAGGAAAUGCCGGUCGCCUAACACCUGUUGGAGGACGGGCAAAGAAGCCGAAGGGCCACCACCACCACCACCAUCAUCACCACCAUCAUCAUCAUAAUCUAGAACAGGUGUCUUCUCCGGCGCUGACAGGCCUGGCCAAGGAUCUACCGGGUGGCCACCACCAUCACCAUCAUCACCACGCCGCCCCUCGCCCCCAGCCCAGCGCCAAGCUUGCUCCUCCUCUUCGAAGCCCAUCUCCCGUUAUCCUGCCGAAACCGAAGCAGAUCACCUCAUCGAAGGCUGUUCUGGACAGCGUCGCCGACCGACCCCGAAUGCACCUCGGGGACGUCAUCUACGAACCGAUCUUGAAGCGAGCACGGCUGCAGGAUCCGCGCACUGGCCGGCCGCCCCGCCACGGUUACAAGUCGACUCCGAAACCGCUGCCGUGGGACCUCAUCGAGGGCAAGGAAAACUGCACACUAACUAUGAAGAUUGGCAAGGAGCAUCUGAUCCCGGCUGCACGGGAAGAGAUCACGUCGCGGCGGGCCCUCUGGGGCACCGAUGUAUACACGGACGACUCGGACGUGGUCGCCGCAUGCAUCCAUGCCGGCUGGAUCCGUGGCGAAUGGCCCGACGACGUGGAUGUGAGCCUGCUGGGCCUCGACGAAGGGUACAGCGUCUCCGAUGUGCGAGGCCUGCUCAACAACCACGCCAACGGUUCCAAAUCUGCGAACCUGCCCAACCAACAACCAACCUCCGCCUUAACAGUCUUGUCGGAACCGCCCAAGACGGGGCCCAUGCCGGUCCCCGAAAACCGCGACCUCCACGUCACCGUGCUCAUCCUUCCCCGCCUACAAAAAUACGCCUCGAGCACCCGCUUCGGCAUCCAGUCGCGCGAGUUCGGCGGGCCGGUCGGCGAUGAGGACGCCCACCAGCGCGCCGUCCACGACGGCAUCAGCUUCAUGGUUACGGGCCUGCGCUGGGUGACUAACGGCGCGGCGGCGCAGAACCGGCUGCGAGGCAAGGCCCGGCGCGAGCGGAUCCGCAAGGCCCUGGCCGAGGUGGAGAUGACGCCCGCGUGGAUUGCAAGGCCCACCGGUCCUUUUAUGGAGAAGGAGGCCGUGCUCGGCUGGUGGAAGAAGGACGCGAGUAAGCCGCCCAGCGAGGGGGAUAAGGAGAACUCGAAUCGGCCCGCGCCGGAGCCGGAGCCGGAGCCGGAGCCGCGCGUGGAGGGCGCUGUGGAGGAGGAAGGUGGGCAGGAGGAAGGUAGGCGGAAGGAGAUCUCGGAUGAUGAGGAUGUGAAGAAGGAUGUGCCGGACAGGGUGGAGACGGAUACUGGGCCUCGCAAUGACAAUACGGGGGCGGUCGAGGCAGUGGAACCGGCCCCCCGUGUUGGGGAGGCCGUCGCGGUCACUUCUGAGGAAGCGAACGAGAUGGCCGCUACAGUCAGGAAAGUUGCCGUUGAGUACGAUGAGACGGUGGAGAAUGGCGGAGCCGGGCGGAAGCCCGAGAUAGCUGAACCGGAACUAGAGAAGACCACGGACGCGUAG